CAGCUCCAACCUGAUGGCUGAUGGCUCAGUGACCUGGAGCUCUUCAUGAACGCCGCUGCACGUCGUGGUUCCGUUAGAGGAGAAAUGGCUGCAGCUCUGUCCCGCGCCCUCAAACUACCCGGGAAGAAGGGCUCGGAGCUCGGGGAGUACGACCCUCUCACUCAAGCAGACAGUGAGGACGAGAGCGAGGAAGAUGAUCUGGUGCUCAACUACCCCAGAAACGGUCUCGGCAGGGACGGCUGCCUUGGUUCGGGUUCCUCAAAGAUGCGCGGUGGCAGGUCAGGAAGACUCGACGAGGCACAAGAGGACGAAGAGGAGGAAGAAGAAGACGAAUGGAGAGAGCGACUCCCCAGCAAAUCCAGGCAGGACAGAGACGACACAAAGGGCCAACAGUACUGGGGCCACAGGGACAGGACGGGGGAGGACAGAGGAGGGUCUGCUUCACUGGGUGGAGCCGGACUCGGGGGUCACAGCACUGACGCAGAAGAAAAAGCACUGAGGAAGAAAAACACCAUCAGAAGUGUGUUCUUCUUGGUGCCUCUGGUUAGUGCCACACUGGCUGUGCUGCUGUGUGCAUUCCUGAUCCCCUGUCAGAAGGGAGAGCUGAAGCAAUGGGAGCAAGCACUGGGAGACGCAGGAGGUGUCACUCGGCCUGCACUGGCGCUGUGGGAUGUCGAUGGUGAUUCAGUGGAGGACGUGUUGCUCGGUGUCACUGAAUGGACAAACGACACCCAUCUGACACAAAGGAGCAAAAUUUACAGUGCAGUGGCUUUGUCUGCUGUCAGCGGUCAGGUGCUGUGGAGGAAGGUCAUGGGCGAGUCUGUGAUGUCCAUCCAGUGUGGUCUGCAGCACAGCUCCCAGCCUUCACCCGUGUGUCUCCUCAUCAGUAAAUCCACCCUCAUGGCAGUGAAUGGCACCACAGGGAAGAAUUUGUCGUCAGUCCAGCUGAAGAACAUUGAAUCACAGGCCGUGUUACUUCCAGACCUGCAGGGAGACUCGGUUCCAGAUCUGCUCAUUGCCACCUUGCCUGCUGAUGAGACUUUGGAUCUGUCCCUGACGUUGAUCUCUGGCCUGACGGGGGCUCAGCUUGGACGUCCUGUGCCGUUUAACCUCACAGGACAAGGGAAACUUAUUGGUCCUCUGCUGCAUGAGACACAAAAAGGGGCAUUUUACAUCCUCCUUGGACUAGGUAAUGUCGAGGCCAUCUCUCUGCGUGAUAUUUACAUUCGUGCCAUGGGCAAAAUGCCUAUGAAACAGACUAUUCGGAUUAAGGAUCCAAAGUGGGAGGAAAUGAGGAAAACCAAUUCAUCCACCCUCAUAGACAUUUACAGAGGAUCCGAGCAAGUGGAGUUCAUGCUCCCCCUUGUGGCUGGUUUCGGUGACAACCGCAACAGCCUGGACACCGUUUCUAACCUGAACUACAGCAGAAGUGACUGGGUGCUGGUGUACGUCAGCAAACUGUCCGUGCUCAAACAGAGGGACAUACGUAAAAAAUGGACGUUCAACUCACCACCCAUUCACAGCCAACCAGCUCUGGGACACUUCAAUGAUGACGGAGUCCUUGAUCUGUUCUUUCAACAUUCAGCAAACGGCAUCAUGGAGGCUCAGGUCAUUGACGGGACAAUGGGGCGUCUUCUUUGGUCCGCAGAGUUUGUGUGUCCUCAUCUUGAUUUGCAAAUGUCUGCCAUUUCCACCUCGAGCGGCCAAGCAGCUUUCCUCUUUUGGGCUAGUGAGCCGAUCAAAGCACAGAGGAAUGCUACCAAGACAACUGUGGCGCCAGGUGUUUCUGCAGCUGAGCCCCUCAUCAGAAAACUCUUCCUGCUGCACCCUGCGUAUCCCACAAUCCUGCUGGAGCUCACCAGUACCACAGACACGGCAGUCACCUCUGCAGUGAGUUACCAGGACCAUGAGAAAGACGCCUCCUACAUCACCGUAUCCUCCCGGCCCACGCCUGACUCAGAGCCCAGCACUCGAAUAGUCAAGAGCAUGAGCCUUAGAGCUGCCAUCACCAAAGGACAAAUUGUCCGACUGGGGGAAACCGGCAAGUCGGGGACACCCAUUAAACCUAGCAUGUUAGAGGUCAACAAGUUCUUCAGCCAUCUGUCCUUCAAACGUCAGUGAUGAGCCACCACAGCUGCUAGAAGCGGUACAACUAAAUGGAGCACAUGUAUAUGAUGAUUAAGCUCUGCACAAAGAGGCACUAAGAAUCCAUUUGAGGCUGUUUACAUAUUCAUCAAUUUGUACAAAUUGAAUUUUCUUUUACUUGAGAAUAAGACGCAUUUGCUGUAAAAAGGUCAUUUGUAAAUCAGGGUUUUAUUUGCAUUGGUUUGGAUUAGAUUAUGUUUGUACAUUGAAAACGCUAAUUUAAUCUAUUUAAUUUGCAUAUUAUUGAAUGUUCAGGAUCCUGUGGACUUGAUGGCAGAGGAACAACUUUGUAUUCUACUGUUUAUUACUGACUGAAGAUGAAAGAACAUUGACAUGUGUUUACAGUACGCAUCACUAAUGUAUAACUCUAUCAAGGCCAGUGGUGUCGUCACCAUAUCACAAAGCCACUAUUUCUGCUCUUCACCAAGUUAAAGCUGUAGUAGGCAGGAUUGCUGGAAAAAUAGUUGCUUGUAGAGUUUUAUCCGUAGAUUAUUACUUAUGGCACUUUUGGUGCUUUUCCACUAUACAGUUCUGGCACUACUCGACACGGCUCGACUUUUACUCAGUUUGGUAUCAGGCACGUCGUUUGCAUUACUAUAGUACCUCCUCAACGUGGGCGGGGUCAUCAUAGCACUGCUGCACAAAUGCGCAAUGACGUCAUUUUAUGCACGACAAACUAGUGACAAGCAAAGUGGUUGUUUUCAGUGGAACUGAAUCAUUAGAAUCAGUUCAUUAAAAAGAUUUGUCAGCACUUGCAUGACCGGAGCACAGACUCGACACGUCCGACACACUCACUGGCUUUCCCUAAAUACACCAGACUCCUCUUUUAAAUAUUGAGAUUUUAGAAAUCGCUAAAUUUCGAAGAUUAACGCACGUUUUCAGGAUUUUUUAAGUGUUUUUUAACUGAUCUACAGUUCGGCUUUGUUCGGAAAAAAAAAAAGAAAAAGCACCAGGUACGAUCGCUAAUGGAAAAGCAAAAUAAACCAAGCAGUGUCAAGCUGCUCCGACCCAAGUCAUGCUAGAACGGUACAGUGGAAAAGCACCAGCAGGAUUACUAUUACAACAGCACAUCAUGUGUACUUAGGACACUCUCUGCCGAUGUAAUUAUACAUUUUAUUGCAUUUAUCCUCCGACUCUCUUUUAGGUUUUUUUGCAGCAUAGGAGGCUUUUGUCAGUGCUGCAGCACUAGAAAUUACCUGUAUCGAGAGCAGUUGUAGUGGAACAGCCUCUCACUCUGCAUUAGACAUUAUAUUUUGAUGGAGCGGAUUCACAAUCUUAAAUAAUCUUUUAUUUAAGAUUUAUUGACACUGGGGGUUUGUGUUUUCUCCAGUUAUGGAAUUAUUGAACAAUAAUUCCUACAAUCCUGCCUACCAUGCCUUUAUGUUGAAGCAUAUAGUGAGUCUUUAUUUAAGGUUGUACAGUAUUUAUUUAAUUGUUUUAAUGUUUUGAUCUUUCCUUUAGACUUUAUUUGUUAUAUAAUUAACCGCUGCUUAUUUUUCUGACUAUGUGGCCGCUACUGGCUUUGGCAUUUGGCAUGGCAAGCUGCAACUUCACAUAAUGAACAGAGAAAGUAUCGAAAACACUUCUGCUCCCAGUGUUGUUUGUUUCAAAUUCUUCAGUAUUCAGUAUUCAAGGUUUGAGGCUCCCACAACGGACAGAAGAGAAGUAAUGGAUGAUUAAAUCCAGAGGAGAGCAGCAUCGUUGCUGUUAAAUACUUCUAAAUUCUGUAUAACUUUUAAGGCCCACACCCAGAUUUGUACAAUAACGAAAAACACUGUAGUAAACAGAUAACAUUAAAGUCAUUAAUAAUCUA